AGUGGGACUGAUGAGUAGUUUAUCAUUGGCACCACCGAGUUGACUGAUAGGUACGAAGUUGAAGUCAAUCUAGCUCACAUUUUCAUUCACAUGAACGUUAGCUACUGUUAAAAUGGCUAGCGAGCAAGUCAACUAGUAGCUAGUUAGCUAGUCCACAACUACACAUGUAUCGUUCUAACAUUAGCGUGAUGGAGGAGAGGUAGAUCACUAGUCUAACAACUAACUUUACCGAAAGGUCGCCUAGUUUCAUUAUCAUACGUUUCGUGCAGGCCAUCGUGAAAUGAAUCCUAGACAGAACGGUUGGUUAAUUAGUUUAGUUAGCAAGUUAUCUAAUGUUAUAUGUUCGCGACGAGUAGCCCACUCACUGCAACCAAGGCCCUUUAGCUCAUGUUGGGACUGACUUUAGCUGCCUGUUUUCUCCCUCUAGUUAGCUAACCAGAGACCACUCAGUUUAAUUAAACUAUGUUGUUUUGCCUGAUACUGUAAAAUGAAGUCCUUUACACCUCACUGAUCCGCUUUUGACGGCAACAUUAUCGUUCUGGUGGAAACACUGGCAAUAUCAAAUGUGUCUAUGAACCCCAGUGGAAUUUCGCUGUCACCACAAGGCGAUCCAUCAUGGAUUUUAUAAAUAACACCUAGCUGGCUGGUCGAACUGUCUGACUUCAGCACGCUGUCCUGUCACCAGGGUUUCCACUUGGAAUGUUCCAUUGGAGCUCACUACUAUAUGGAUAUAGCCAAAUCAGAUGGCUUUGAAUUUUAACUUUGAAGCCACCUCGGAGUGGAUCCAGUUCUUCAAAGAUGCUGGGAUACCUGCUGGUCUGGCUGUCAACUAUGCUGUGUCUUUUGUGGACAACAGGGUCCAGAAGAACAUGCUGAUGGACCUCAGUAAGGAGAUCAUGAUGGACCUGGGCAUCACUGUCAUCGGUGACAUUAUUGCCAUCCUCAAACACGCCAAACAGGUCUACCGACAGUUACUCCAAUACUGCCUCUCUCCCACCUCCCCUUCCCUUCUCCAGGACAUGUGCAAAAUGGCCACACAGGCCAUAACCUCAGGACAGUCCAGUGUUCAGACCGAACUCCGAAGAACUGCCAACACCCCCGCCACACGUAUGAUUGCCAACGCCUUGAGCCGCGACUCACCGCCAAACACACCAGCCCAUCACCCUGACAACCGGGCAAUCUCUGUGACAGUGUCCAACAAACAGGCCAAAGGUGGCAAAGCAGUGCUGAGCCGGCCUGCUGACGAGGGGAACGGUCUGCCGGUGAAGCGUCGUCGCGUGACUGCAGAGAUGGAAGGCAAGUACAUCAUCAACAUGCCCAAAGGCACCACGGCACGCACCGCCCGAAUCCUGGCCCAGCAGGCCACGAAAGGGAGCAAGCGGAUGUCUGUGUUUGAGCGACUGGGAGCCGAGUCCAAGGCAGAUACCACCACGGGCAGCAGCAAGGCCACGGGUGUGUUCAGUCGUCUGGGCCGAGCAGACGGAGCGGAGGAGGAGCAGGGAACGGCAGGAAGGGUUGAUGUUGACGGAGUGGAAGAGGAGGAGGAGGAUGAUAGUGACGGAGAGGGUUCGGUCCUACAGUACGCUGGUGUCCUCAAGCGACUCCCACCCUCCCAGAAGAAAGAGCCUGUGGCCCCCAAGCUGGCCCCCACCACCCUCCGCCGCCUGGGAGGGAAAUUCAAACUCCCCCCCACUGAUUCUCCCUCCUCCUCGUCCUCUUCCUCCCCCGAUGGCCUCCCCACUGCCAAGCUCAGCGUGCUUCAGAGACUGGGCAAGCCCCCUGCCUCCCCACCACCUGCCGACACCCAGGAUAGCCGGGUGACCAGCACCAGAAAUAAGGCCCGGCCAGGCCUGGCCCUGGCUAGCCCCAAAGUCAGCAGCAGCACCAGGGCUGGAGGAGGAGAGAGUUUUGGGGCUCAGAUGGACGUAGGGUCAGUCAAUGUCUUUAAGAGACUUGGCAGCAGGAGGACCUAACACAUAUCAGGUCAUGUCUAGACUUAAACCGUACCUUUUUAUUAUUUGGUAUUAUUCCCCUUAUGCGUUGGAGUCAUGAAAAGCAUUGUGUUAUAAUAUCCAACCUCAGAGGUUUGAGACGACCACUGCAAUCGGCCUGGGUGAAUGAACAUUUUGGAUGUUUCAUCAGGUUUUGAAAGGUAAGUUUAGUUUCUAUAGGCAUAAAUUUGACCCAUCCGAGCUAACUACAUUUUUAGGUUAGACACAUUUUCUCCACGCUGCUGUUCCUCUGCCAAACAAGGAGAUUAAACCUUCUGUACCCAUCUCCAGCUUUUAGUUGUAUUGUUUUAUACUAUUGUUGUGGCAUGGAACCAACACUGGCCUCUUGACCUCAUUUGCCUCCAGUUGGGGAUGCCAUCCGUUACACCCCCCCGGAAGGCUAGUUAUUGUGACAUGUUGAUAACAUCACAUAAAGAGCUAACCAGGGUACCAACAGAGACCUGUUUGUGCUAACGUUCCACUCCUUGUCAUGGUAUGUUUGUUAUGUGAGGGGUGGAAUGUUAGCACAAAACAGGUCUGUAUUGUAGGCUUUUACGGAGAGCUGCUUCUAGUGAAGCUGGCUAAGUGACACAAUGGAUUGUUGGAAUGCACGAUGUAACGUUAUUCCCCAUAUCACGUAAGCACUCACCUCACUUGGGCCGUGAUGACCUGGUACAGGAGAAGUACAGUCCACUGCGAAGACUUUAAUGCUGUAACUCUGGCCCUGGACUGGACAGCAGCAACUGGCAAACAGCACAUCAAUGAACCUCUCAACCCACGAGCAAGAGCAUCUCAUCACCUCAUUUUAUAUGAACUGUAUCUGUAGAAAUGCGUAAAUGCAUAUUGCUUGAUGAUGCCUACCUUUUUUGAAGGCUCCACCGCCACAUUGAUCCUCUGGUUUGUGUACAGCCAUCUGCUUGAAAGCCAAGAGAUUCUGAGUUGUCUGUUCACGGAAGAGGAAGUUACCCACCCUUGACCUGGAAGUAGAUUUUGCUGUGAGUCCGGGGCUUAUUCAGUACGUAGAAAUGUAAACGUAUAGAGCUCACAUGAUGCUUUAGUUGACUAACAAGAGAAGCAUGUUAGUUCUGCACCAUACCCUUUCUAUCUAAAUGUGUAAUGUGCUUUCCUCUAUAAGCCCCUGGUUUGUCAUAAUUCAGCAUGGUAUAGGAACUGAUAUGUAAUGUCCCCUUGAUAUCGAUGCAAUACUUAGCAGGUGUUCACCCAACUCGAUUGUCUUUUAUUUAUUUUUUAUUAAACAUCACACUGGAACUUUGCUACACUGUAUAUAUAUAUAUAUAUUUUGAAAAUCAUGACAAAAAAAAAAACACCCAAGGUUUUAUUGUUUUUAAGAUGUAAUGGAACAAGGCACCCUGCCUGUGAAAGUGAUCUUGAAGAUAAACAAGAAAAUGUCGGAAAA